AUGUUUGCAACGCACGCCGCGAUCAUUAUAAGCUUGUACGCUCUUACAGACCCUUGUCUGGCCAAUCGUAAACACAUGUUGAGACCCACUUAUAAGCGAAACCCUGUAGGCAGCGAAUGCGGAAGACCCCUGGGCAAUGAAUAUGUCAUCCAAACUGACCGCAUCGUAGCUGGUUACGACGUCGGGUACUACAGGUACCCAUGGUACGCGGCGCUGGUACGCUCGAACCAAGUAAACUGCGGCGGUGCUUUGAUUGGGCCCCAAAUUGUCCUCACCGCAGCUCAUUGUUUCAAAGAGUACCUCCACUCUACUAGUCAGGGAGGCAAAUUGGAGGACAUUUCCACAGUCAGACUAGGAAUGUACAACAUUUGCGCCAGCGAAAAGGAGGUGACCGAAUACAGGGUCGUCAAAGUGGAAAUCCACGAACUUUAUCCCAAGAAGAAGCCGUACUACGACAUUUGGCUGUUGACAUUGGCAAACAGCACCGACUCAUACAGGCCUGUAUGCUUACCUAAUCUGAGUACCUUUACUUAAUUCAUUAGUGCCUUUUGUCUUUUGGCACAUUGAUAGC